AUGUCAUAAAACAACCAGCCAGAAAAUAUAUAAAUACAGAGCAAAAGAUGCUUCGUUCCUUUUUGUGUCGUGGGGCCCUUCAUGGAUUAUAACCUGUCCUAUUCAAUACUACCCAGUAAGAAACAAUAAAGGAUCAAAAGGAACCUUAGGUUUUAGACAAUCAGCUGGAAACAUGGUAGGACUUAAACCCUCAGAUGUUCCUCCUCCUCUGGGGGUGAAGAUGGCGAGUGCUGGAGCCGCAGCCUGUAUAGCUGACAUUGUCACAUUUCCUCUGGACACAGCCAAAGUCAGAUUACAGAUUCAGGGAGAGAAGAAAUCAGUAGAAGGCAUCCGUUACAGAGGGGUGUUUGGGACAAUCAGCACCAUGAUCAGAACAGAGGGACCCAGGUCUUUGUACAAUGGACUGGUAGCUGGUCUGCAGAGACAACUGUGCUUCGCCUCCAUCAGAAUCGGCCUCUACGACAACGUCAAAAAUUUCUACACUGGUGGAAAAGACAACCCAGGUGUACUGGUGCGCAUCCUGGCUGGCUGCACCACAGGUGCUAUGGCAGUAUCCUUUGCACAACCCACUGAUGUGGUCAAGGUUCGAUUCCAAGCCCAGAUGAACCUGGAUGGCAUGGCUCGACGCUACAGUGGCACCAUGCAGGCCUACAGACAUAUCUUCCAGAAUGAGGGCUUACGUGGACUCUGGAAAGGCACACUACCCAACAUCACAAGAAACGCACUGGUCAACUGCACAGAGCUUGUUACAUACGACCUGAUCAAGGAGGCCAUCCUUAGACAUAACCUGAUGUCAGACAACCUGCCAUGCCACUUUGUAUCUGCGUUUGGUGCCGGCUUUGUUACCACAGUGAUUGCCUCACCAGUGGAUGUGGUGAAGACCAGGUACAUGAACUCACCGCCAGGGCAGUACAAGAGCGCUAUGAACUGUGCCUGGACCAUGUUGACUAAAGAGGGGCCAACGGCUUUCUACAAAGGAUUUGUACCCUCAUUUCUGAGGUUGGGAUCAUGGAAUAUUGUAAUGUUUGUCUCAUUCGAGCAAAUCAAGAGGGCCAUGAUGGUCACCAAGAAGAGCAUCGAGGUUCCAAAUUGAGAUUAGCGUUUCAAAGUUUGACUGAAAAACCUGAACCACCACUGGAUGAAGAAGCCUAAUGAAUAUCAAUUCUUAUUUAAACUUUAUUCAACAAUCUUCUUGUCCUGUGGCAACAAAGAAGACAGUCCUUUUCUGAAAAAAAAAGAGUACUGGACAAUCCACCUUGUAUGUGACUUUGAACUUGUGUUUAAGAAGACAUGCAGUGCUAAUUUUAUAUUUAUAAUUUGUCAUAAUGAGUCCAUUCCAAAUAUUGUGGGAGUGCAUGAUAUGAAAACAAGCUUGUAAUAACCUCCUUUGGGAAGUUGAGUUAGCACUUUAAGACCUGUAAAUCUGCCAGUUAUACAUUUCAGGCAGCUUAAACCAGUGCACAUUUAUAUUGAAAAUAAGACUGGUGCCAAAAAUAAAAAACAAAAUAUGUUUAUGUAAA